AUAUAAAACAUUUUCGCGGCGCACUCGCCCUUUGUGAUAAUGUCGGCUGAUUAUGAAGAGAGAUCCAGAGACAAUGGCCCGGAGGGGAUGGAGCCCGAUGGCAUCAUUGAGAGCAACUGGAAUGAGAUCGUGGACAGCUUCGAUGAGAUGAGCCUGCGUGAAACUCUUCUCCGAGGGAUUUAUGCCUAUGGUUUUGAGAAGCCUUCCGCCAUUCAACAGAGGGCCAUCCUCCCUUGCAUCAAGGGUUAUGAUGUCAUCGCACAGGCUCAGUCCGGUACAGGGAAGACCGCUACAUUUGCCAUCUCCAUCCUGCAGCAGAUUGAUGUUGAGGCAAAGUCGACUCAGGCCCUGGUCCUCGCCCCUACUCGGGAGCUGGCUCAGCAAAUCCAGAAGGUGAUCCUGGCCCUGGGUGACUACAUGGGCGCCUCAUGCCAUGCCUGUAUCGGCGGCACCAACGUCCGCAACGAGGUGACCAAGCUCCAGGCUGAGGCCCCUCAUAUAGUGGUGGGCACCCCCGGCCGUGUGUUUGACAUGCUGAACCGCAAGUUCCUCGCCUCCAAGAACAUCAAGAUGUUUGUCCUUGAUGAGGCUGAUGAGAUGUUGAGCAGAGGUUUCAAGGAUCAGAUCUAUGAGAUCUUCCAGAAGCUCGACACCAGCACGCAGGUGGUGCUCCUGUCGGCUACCAUGCCCCAGGAUGUGCUGGAGGUCACCAAGAAGUUCAUGCGUGAUCCCAUCCGCAUCCUGGUGAAGAAGGAGGAGCUGACCCUGGAGGGAAUCCGGCAGUUCUACAUCAACGUUGAGAAAGAGGAGUGGAAGCUGGACACCCUGUGUGACCUGUACGAGACCCUGACCAUCACUCAGGCUGUCAUCUUCAUCAACACCCGUAGAAAGGUGGACUGGCUGACCGAGAAGAUGCAAUCCAGGGACUUCACCGUCUCUGCCUUGCACGGUGACAUGGACCAGAAGGAAAGGGACCUGAUCAUGAGGGAGUUCCGUUCAGGGUCCAGUCGGGUCCUUAUCACCACAGAUCUGCUGGCCCGAGGAAUAGAUGUCCAACAAGUGUCUUUGGUGAUCAACUAUGACCUCCCCACCAACCGUGAGAACUACAUCCACAGGAUUGGCAGAGGAGGCCGUUUUGGCAGGAAAGGCGUGGCUAUCAACAUGGUAACCGAGGACGACAAGAGAACUCUCCGGGAUAUCGAGACCUUCUACAACACCACGGUGGAGGAGAUGCCCCUGAAUGUGGCCGACCUCAUCUAAAGAGCCCCUCUCUGAGGUCAUCUAAAAGAGCCCUCUCUGAGGUCAUCUAAAAGAGCUCUCUCUGAGGUCAUCUAUACCCCCCCACCCUACCCCCCAUCAUAGCCCUCUAUCUUCAUUCUAGACAAACUCCUUCAACCACUCCAUGUAUCCCAAUUUUGCACUCUUAAAUGGGGCAGGGGAACCCUCCGUUUCCUUCCUCUUCCAUGCCCUGUGCUGCCCCUCAGGCCUCAUCCGUAUUGAUAGGGCUACAGGAAAGGGAACCAUCCCUCAAGUAAUCCCCUUUCCCGCUUUGCUUGAUAAAAAGAAUUUGUCAUGUAUGUUUACUCGAGGACAAAUUCAUUCUUUUCUCUAGCCGUGUUCUUUAAAUAAAUUAAGAAAACAGGCUUUUGAGUCGUCACAGUGACUGCUGUUACUGUAGCUGCUUCUGCCCCUGAACCAUCUUAUACACUAUGAUACACAUGCCGCAGGAAUGUUUUUAAGGUUGACGUGGUGUUCUCGUCUUCAUUCAAGUGGUCGUACAGUAUUAAAACUAAUGUGAACUAUGUGAAAGAAAUCCUAGAUUCAAAUUUCGAGGUCAUUAUUCUGUACUCGAUAUUCACACCUGUAGGGAGACUGACACAGCAGGGGGUAUUGGGAGUUUUGCUUUGGGUGCAAAGAUAUUCAAUUGGACUCUACAACAGCUCCAUUCAUAUCAUUCUGGUCAAAUCAUUUUAUUUAUUUUCCACCCUUUUUAUUGACAUCUUGGUUUAAUUUUACAACUUCAGGGAGGGGGGGAUGACUUCAAUAAAGUUACCAAAUAAAUCAUG